AUGCCGUUGAAAUGGAAAAGCGGUUCCCCUGUCAGCUGGAAAUUCCCAGUGCCAGUUCUUAAGACAUCCAGGUCCUCACCCCUUUCGCCUGCUUACAUCCACCAACACUCCUUUGUGGUUUGGACAACCCACUCUCUCCUCGCUGCCUGUCCGACUUACCACCUGAUGGGAUCCCUCGUGGAGGACGACGACGCUCACAUGAAAGUUGCUCUGGGGUAUGGUGAUAUGGGCAUCUCUGCCCAUCUACAGGCAUCAAAAACUGGAAACACGCGCUUUUUCACAAGCAACACGCACAGCUCAGUGGUUCUUCAGGGAUUUGACCAGCUGAGGAUAGAAGGUUUGCUAUGUGACGUCACGCUGGUGGCUGGAGACGGAGAUGAAGCUUUUCCUGUACACCGAGCCAUGAUGGCCUCCUCAUCUGACUAUUUCAAAGCCAUGUUCACAGGUGGAAUGAAAGAGCAGGAUUUAAUGUGCAUCAAGCUCCAUGGAGUUAACAGAAUAGGCCUAAAGAAGAUCAUCGACUUCAUCUACACAGCUAAGUUGUCACUUAACAUGGAGAAUCUGCAAGACACACUGGAGGCAGCCAGUUUCCUACAAAUUCUACCGGUGCUGGAUUUCUGCAAAGUCUUUCUUAUAUCUGGGGUCUCUCUUGACAACUGUGUAGAAGUGGGGCGCAUUGCCAACACGUAUAACCUCACAGAGGUGGACAAGUAUGUCAACAACUUCAUCUUGAAGAACUUCCCCUCACUACUGGGCACAGGAGAGUUUGUCAAGCUACCUUUUGAACGUUUGGCGUUUGUAUUGUCAAGUAACAGCUUAAAACAUUGCAGCGAGUUGGACCUGUUCAAGGCUGCUUGCCGCUGGCUACGCUACGAAGAAGGUCGUAUGGACUAUGCCGCAAAACUCAUGAAGAACAUCCGUUUUCCCCUCAUGAAUCCACAGGAGCUCAUCAAUCAUGUUCAGACAGUAGACUUUAUGCGCACAGACAACACCUGUGUCAACCUUCUCCUAGAAGCUAGCAACUACCAAAUGAUGCCCUACAUGCAGCCAGUUAUGCAGUCAGAACGGACAGCAAUCCGCUCAGACAGCGCACACCUGGUCACACUGGGUGGUGUUUUGCGCCAGCAACUUGUCGUGAGUAAGGAAUUGCGUCUGUUUGAUGAAAAAGCUCACGAGUGGAAAGCGCUGGCACCCAUGGAUGCACCUCGCUACCAACAUGGCAUAGCAGUCAUUGGCAACUUUCUCUAUGUUGUGGGUGGCCAAAGUAACUACGACACCAAAGGCAAGACAGCAGUGGACACUGUGUUCCGGUACGACCCUCGCUACAACAAGUGGAUCCAGGUGGCCUGCCUUAAUGAGAAACGUACCUUCUUCCACCUCAGUGCACUCAAGGGACACCUCUAUGCUGUCGGUGGAAGGAAUGCUGCCGGGGAGCUUGCUACUGUGGAGUGCUACAACCCGAGGACAAACGAAUGGACAUAUGUUGCCAAAAUGAAUGAGCCACAUUAUGGCCACGCUGGGACUGUGUAUGGUGGUUAUAUGUAUAUUUCAGGGGGAAUCACUCACGACACUUUUCAGAAGGAGCUGAUGUGCUUUGACCCAGAUGCAGAUAAAUGGACUCAGAAAGCACCCAUGACCACAGUGCGCGGCCUCCACUGCAUGUGCACCGUGGGCGACCGCCUUUACGUGAUCGGUGGAAAUCACUUCCGGGGCACCAGCGACUACGACGACGUGCUGAGCUGUGAAUACUACUCCCCCGCCCUCGAUUUGUGGACUCCUAUCGCCGCCAUGCUGCGAGGUCAGAGCGACGUGGGCGUGGCUGUGUUUGAGAAUAAGAUAUAUGUGGUGGGCGGCUACUCAUGGAACAAUCGGUGCAUGGUGGAAAUAGUACAGAAGUAUGACCCUGAGAAAGACGAAUGGCACAAAGUGUUUGACUUACCAGAGUCGCUUGGCGGGAUCAGAGCCUGCACACUCACAGUUUUCCCCCCUGAGGAUAUCUCGGGUUCGCCCUCCAGAGAGUCGCCCCUUUCAGCACCUUGAUGAGUAACGGGGGGGAGCCUGUUUUGCUCACACCCCCACAUGCCCCUGCCCCUCAGCUCCCUCUACAAACACACCUUAUAGACAUUGUUUGCACUUCCUCUUCGGACUACAUCUGUACUGCAUCCCUAAGUAUCCUCGAGUCCAUCUCCCCUGAAGCUGUGCAGAACCCCCUCCCUAAGUCCCCAACUACAUACCGAUAUGGUUUGGCAACCUAAUUACAUGAUAAUGUUGCAUACUCGGUAUAUUCGGUAUACUCGGUAUAUUUUGGCAGGAAACACCUUGACUUGAAAAGUGACUUUGCAAAUCAACUUUUCUACCUGAUGUCCACCAAGUUUUCUUAUGUCUCGUUUCUUUUAGGUAUUCUACCUUGAGAUGUUGACUACCACACUGACUUUCUCUCCAGUCUAUGCCAGGUUAGAUGCAGGUGACCCCGAGAGCAGGAGUGUAGGGACAGAUUAGCAUCAAAUCACAAGUGGUUUUUAACUCAGGGCUUGGCCCAGGCCCCAUCGACGUCUCUUACAGUUUCAGUUAUUUCCUGCUAUUGCUAUGAAACUGUUAACAAAAUGGUGUUUUCUAAAUUUAAUAAACAUGAUUUUGAAAGUA